UUUAUGAAGUAAUGCAACGACUAAAUCCGUUUGUGAAACUUAGAUGUGAAAUCACCAGGUGGCAGUAUAUGGCCUUCGUACCAGUAGUUCUGUUGCUGUAGAUACCAAUGUGACUGAAGGAUUUAAACGAGCCUAAUCGGAAUCUGCGUGAAACCCCGCACUUAAGUGAUCCGAGGUUGUGUCUUAUACUUAGUCUGCUUUUUUGGAAAAUCUGCUAUAGUCUCUACUGUCCACUAUCCCAUGCUUGUGUGGUAGGAUACCUCCGUCGAAUUAGCAUACUGUAGGACAAUAGAACUAUCUACACGAUAAAGGUUAACUUAAUAGCUAUGAAAUUAAACAAACCGAAGGCUGGUGCUAGAACACACAUGAAGGCAUACGUAUGCAUAACUCGGAAUCAUCAGACAGGUGAGUUUGUAGUCAGUACGAAAAUUAUCAAUAGUUAGUUAAUUCUCGUAAUUUUACUGAAACUAACCUAUAGUUACGGUCCAAAAUGAAACCAUUAUGUGACGCCUAUUGCUUAACCGUGCACGAGGCAUUGGUUUGAAAUCGCAAAACAUUUACAAAACUGAUUAUAAGGCCUAUCAAAGCUAUAUAAAGCCAUACAUGGAUUAUGAAGUAUAUCUUAUGUAGGCUAUACGAGUGACUGCCCUCCGUUUCAAUGACUGACUUCUGAAUGUUCAGCCUACGACUUGUCUGUGAAAAAUAGAUCUGUUAAAACGGUUAUGAACUUAAACAGGAACUGGCCAGUGAAACCAAGAACAACGGGAACGCAUCUCUUGAACUAACUUCUUGAAUUCCACAGCUGAAUGUUUAAAUUAUAUUAUAUUUAUAUUAUUAGUUUUGUACAUGUGAUGCUUGCAUUUGAUUUUUUGCAUUAGGCUCCCAAUAAUGUCCACAUAUGCAAUCAAUAUUUUAAAUCCUCAUAAACAUGUAUAGUUCACGAAUGCGAUUUAUUUCUAAUGUGUAAAAAUGUGGACUACGUGAAAAACACUGAGUAUGAAUACCGCUCUAUGGGGUAUAUAAAUGAGCGCGCAACGGAGACUGGUGACGCACACAGUCCGUCCUGUGAAUUCCGAACUCCUAUCUCUCCGCGCACAGAGUAGGUUGUGAGCAGGGCAGAGGAAGCAGGUACCAACUCAGAAAACUCAUCCCCGAAGACCGCAGUGGCUUCACUUGACAUAACAUCAGAAGCUACCCCGAAUCAAAAUCAUUCGUUUUCACAGAAAAUUCGGAGCACCCUUGUGUAUAUUGAAUCCGAAGCGGUUACUGCGUUGUUUCUUUCUGCCAAGAAGUUGUGAAUUGCGCUGUUUGUUGAAGUGUUAUGUUUGUCUAUGGAAUCGGAUUUCACAAAACGGACACUAAUAUCGACGGUGAUGCCGACUGAAAAUUAUUCUAAUCGCCUGUUCAGUUAGACUCCUGCAUUCCGCGGUUUAAUAAGCAUCUGCUGGGCUGAAAUUCAAGCAGUAGUUCAAAGUGUUGAGAAACCCACUUUGGCGGUUUAGUGGGUUGUGCCAUGGCAGGUGCGCUGCUGCUUUGCGCCCUUUUCUUGCCUUUCCCGCAGACUAGCGGCCAGGACAGCUGUCACGAGGUGCGGUCGUCCUUCCAGCUUCUGCACCCCGGCGUCAAGUGGGCUCCCGAGAGUCCUGUGUCAGGUGUAGACCUGCAGGUGUGUCAGCCCAAAGGCCUGACCUGCUGCUCGCGGAAGAUGGAGGAGCGAUACCAGGUAGUGGCUCGGCAGAACAUGGAGUCCAGUCUCCAGGCCUCCAGUGCCCGGCUCAAACUUCUCAUCAUUCAGAAUGCAGCGCUCUUCCAAGAGGCCUUCGAGAUGGUACUGCGUCACGGGCGGAACGCCACCCUCCAGAUGCUGCGGGACGAUUUCUCUCCCCUGAGGGGCGGGGCCAACGGGGCGGUGGGCCAGCUCUUCCUGGACGUCUCGCUCUACAUACUGGGCUCGGACUCCCGGGUGGACAACAUCGUGGCCUCCUUCUUCGACCGGCUCUUCCCGCUGGCUUACCGCCGGCUCCUCGGCGGCGGCGGCGGCGGCGGCGGCGGGGGGGCGGGGUCGGCGGUCUCGGAGGACUGCCUGCGCGGGGCCUGGAGGGACGCGGGGGCCUUCGGCCCGUACCCCAAGAUGAUGAUGACGCGGCUGUCGCGCUCGCUGCUGGCCACGCGCGUCUUCCUGCAGGCGCUCAACCUGGGCAUCGAGGUGGUGAACACCACGGACCACCUGCGGCCCGGGCGCGACUGCGGCCGCGCCCUCCUGCGGCUCUGGCACUGCCCGCGCUGCCUGGGCCUGCUGGCCGCCCGGCCCUGCCGCGGCUUCUGCCUGUCCGUCAUGCGGGGGUGCCUCGGGGGGGCCAGCGAGGUGCAGCCCCACUGGCGGGGGUACGUGGAGGGGCUGGGGACGCUGGCGGGGGCCAUGCGGGGGGAGCAGGACGUGGAGGCGGUGGUGAUGCGCCUGCACGCGCUCGUGCGAUUGGCUCUCCACCACGCCCUCACCACCCGGAACCGCCUGAAGGCUGUGGUGAGCAACACGUGCUCUUACUCUCCUCCUAAGCGCGUCUCUCGUUCUGCCACUGUUCGUCUGAACCUCGCCCCCCCAGCCGCUGAGCCCCGCCCAGCCUUGCAGCCUGUGCCCUUUGACCCGGAAGAGACUCUGGCUGGUCGGCGCAGGGAGUUUAUUGCCAGCCUGAAGGGCUUCAGCACUUUCUACAGUGGCCUUGGGGAGGCGCUGUGCAACCAAGAAUCAGCCGUGCUCAACGACUCCCUCUGCUGGAAUGGACAGGAAGUGACAGACAGGUUCCUAGGUACUGGACCAAAGCGGAACCAGCCACACGGUCCAGAGUCCAAACACAAGGCACCUGAGCCUGUCAUCAGCCAGAUCAUCGACAAACUGAAGCACAUCAACCAGCUCCUGCGCAUGGUGACCGCUCCGGAGAGGCGGUGGCGGGCGCGGCCAGGAGGGCGCGCUGUGGAGCGCGGCGGCGCCGAGGCGGGGGAGGGCCUGGAGAGCGGGGACUGCGACGACGAGGACGAGUGCGGCGGGGUCUCGGGCCUGGGCCCCCCGCCGCACCACAAACGCCUGCGCAUAUUCGCAGACCUGGCUGGCGGCUUGGCCCUGGACGACCUCACCUUCAAUGAGCAGCAGAAGACACCGAGGCUGGACACAGACUUGGAGGGAGGGGAAUCAGCGACGGGGGCCGCCAGGGGCCUGUGGGGCCCAAGCAGAGCUCUCCCAGGGGCCACCUUCCUCCUCAUCCUCAUCGUCACUGUGCUUGGCCCUCAUUGACAUCCCAGCUGAAUUCACACCUUCCUUACUGUUUUAGUCUCUCUCUGAAAUCUUUACACAAUUUCAAAUUUAAGAGUGCCACAAAUAGACAACAAGUGUCUUGAAGUGUGGCCUGAGAACAGUUUGCAAAUUGCCUCGUGACUUUUAUGAAUUCACUGGAAUGACCCCGGAGGACUGGAGGACUACCUGCUGUUUUAAUGCUGUCUCUAGUUCUACCACUCCCCUCAAUUGCUUAUUCUGGAUCAGAGACUUAGAAAUCACUCACCCGGGUCCAGCCCAACCCCAUCUUGUAAAUACACCACUUCCCUGACCCCCCUCUUACCACAGCCAGUCUAAGUGCUAUCAGAUUUGCCAUUGUGGUCUUUUUUUCGCAGAAGUCUCAACCUUUGUAUAGCAACAGCACUGUAAAAACAGGGAUUGCUCUUGGUUGACCUCUAAUUUAACCCUUUUUUACUGCUGAGCAAGUGAUCGUGAAUAUGCUGUGGUUCUCCACGUUCACACAGUGGAACUCUUGCUUGUCUCUCAUCUAAUCUAUUUCCAGUGAUACUUUUCCCCAAGACUCACAAUGUGGAGCCAAGCAUAGCAAUAGCCUGGAAUAAUGUCUGAGUGUGAAAUGUAGUAAUGUUUUUUCUAAAUGUUUGCUUUGGUUUUCUUGAACUAGAUUUCUAAGAUGAAUAUUGUGCGAUAAGUCGUUUCCAUCCUGUGGUUUAGGUUGGAAACAGUAUUAAGAUUACAUUACGUUAUUAUCAGCAUUUACUGCUCAUAGUAAUGGUCAAGUCAAAUGUUUCCAGCCUGAGCAGAACUUUGUAUUAAAUGGUUGGAAUCUUUGGAAGAAAAACACAAAGUACAUUACCUACCCUGUGAUAUUCCAUGACUCGACAGUCUGAAACAGCCAAUGAGAGGCAUAUGCGUGAGGUGAGAACUGGCAAGCUCCUUUUUUGUUCCUGUUGUUAAACACAACCCUUCCUGCCAGUUUCACUCAGUUUUUUUAGAAUGAGAAGAAUUUCAAAGGGGGAGCAAGUGGUACUGCCAAAAAACAAAGAUACUUUAUUACCCAAAAUUUGGAUUGUAAUAAUUAAUACAGUGUUGAUAAACUUGGUGUCAGAAACAUUUUGUUCUGCUAAUUGAUCAGAGUCUGUCUGCAAACUGACAGGCAGAAUGUGCUAUACUUUAUUCUUAGGCAGAAAAUGGCACCCAAGUCAUUUAAAAUGAAUGAAUGAAUGUAUUUCCCUGAUGAAAGGUGUAAGGUAAUGGUUUUUCUCAAUUUCUUAGUCACUUGCAGGAAAAGUUGGGGUGAAAUAAAUUUCCUGAUUGGUUGUAACACCAUAGUUAACAAGACAGCUAAUUCCAUCAACAAGGAACUGUCUGCCUUUUACCUUGUUACCUACGAAAGUGUACACAGAUCACAUAUAAAUACUCUUUUUUGUAACAGUGAAGAUCUCUGAGUGAUAAUGUUCCCUAAAAUAAAUCACACUGAUUUUUGA